AUGGGGGAAAUGAAUGAUUCAUCUUCAUCCAGUGAGAAUCCAAAGAAGGCUGAACUCAUCAUGGCACCUGAUAAAGAAUUAGUCUUUGAAGGUCCUUUCAAUGAGACUGUGAUAUCACAGAUUUUGCUCACAAAUCCCAUGCCUAAACCUUUGGCCUUCAAAGUCCGCACUACUGCCCCAAAGAACUACUGUGUCAAGCCUAAUGGUGGCAUUCUUCAACCCCAUGAAAGACGUGAACUCAAGGUCAUGUUGUCACCUUUCCAGUAUGAUCCAGAGAAGGAGUACAAGGACAAAUUCAUGAUCCAAAGAAUGAUUGCUCCUGUUGGUGAGAAAAAUCAUGUUAAGCUCUUCAGUGAAGCACCACCCUCAGCCAUUUGUGACAGCAAGCUGCGCUGUGUGUUCAAGACGCCAGCAAGAGAUGAUGCCAGGUCAUUCAUGGAGAGAGAUCAGCUGACAGGUAAAGAUGGUGAUCAACUACCAAUCAUGCGAUCUCCAGAGAGUCUGGAAAACAAGACAAAUAAGAAGCUUGGGAUGGAUUCUGGUAUCAGUAGGGAAAGAGGCAUUGAGGAGAAAGUCUUCACCAUUCAGGUCUCAUGCUUUGGGUUGCCAAAAAUCAUCAUGAAGUUUUUGAUCAUUUCUGUGAUUUUCAUGGGUGCCAUGUUCAUGGGGAUCCUUUUAGGAGCUGCACUUUUCUUUGAUUGA